GGGCGAGGAGCUGUUACGGUGGCCCGCGGCCGCAUCCGCCUCUCAUCCGCGGGCUCCGGCACCGGCAGCACCUCCGGCACCUGCGGUCGCUCUGCACCUCCAGCAGCACCAGAUCUGUAUCAGAACUCCUGAAGUCCAUCAUGCUUUCCAAGCUAACCCGCUCCCAGAACCUUGCUGUUCUCUGCCGAGGCCUUCAUUCCUCACUGAGCUCUGCUACCUCAGUUGCUCCUAAAAAAAACAUUCAGGGGCCUCUCUCGUCUGAUUUAAUCUUUGAACGUGAGGCAAAAUACGGUGCCCACAACUAUCACCCUCUGCCUGUUGCUCUGGAAAGAGGAAAAGGUGUUUAUGUGUGGGAUGUUGAAGGUAGAAAAUAUUUUGACUUUCUGAGUGCUUACAGCGCUGUCAACCAAGGCCACUGUCACCCUAAGAUCGUGGAUGCUCUGAAAGCCCAGUCUGAAAAACUGACCCUGACAUCCAGGGCAUUCUAUAAUGAUGUCCUUGGGGAAUAUGAGGAGCUUGUCACCAAAAUGUUCAAUUAUAACAAAGUUCUUCCAAUGAACACAGGAGUGGAAGCUGGAGAAACUGCCUGUAAACUGGCUCGGAAAUGGGCCUACACUGUGAAAGGAAUUCCAAAAUACAAAGCUAAAAUCAUUUUUGCAGCUGGCAACUUCUGGGGCAGGACAAUGUCAGCCAUCUCCAGUUCUACUGACCCAUCCAGCUAUGAUGGCUUCGGACCCUUCAUGCCAGGAUUUGAAGUGAUCCCAUACAAUGAUCUACCAGCUCUUGAGCGGGCCCUGCAAGACCCCAACGUGGCAGCUUUCAUGGUGGAACCGAUUCAAGGGGAAGCAGGUGUGAUUGUUCCUGACAAAGGCUAUCUCACAGGAGUGAGGGACCUCUGCACAAAACACAAUGUUCUGUUUAUUGCUGAUGAAAUACAGACUGGUUUAGCCAGAACAGGGAAAAUGCUGGCUGUUGACCAUGAAAAUGUGAGACCUGAUAUAAUUCUUCUUGGAAAGGCCCUUUCUGGUGGCUUAUACCCUGUCUCAGCAGUGCUGUGUGAUGAUGAAGUUAUGCUGACCAUCAGACCUGGUGAACAUGGAUCCACAUAUGGAGGAAAUCCAUUAGCUUGCCGUGUGGCAAUGGCAGCACUGGAGGUAAUUGAAGAGGAAAAUCUGGCAAAAAAUGCAGAAAUAAUGGGUAAUCUGCUAAGAAGUGAGCUCAUGAAGACUCCAUCUAAUAUUGUAACUGCUGUAAGAGGAAAAGGCCUCUUAAAUGCAAUCGUAAUCCGGGAAACCAAAGACUACGACGCCUGGAAGGUGUGUCUGCGGCUCCGCGAUAACGGGCUCCUGGCCAAGCCCACGCACGGCGACAUCAUCCGCCUGGCCCCGCCACUCAUCAUCAAGGAGGAUGAAAUCAGAGAAUCCAUUGAAAUCAUUCACAAGACCAUCCUGUCUUUCUGAAAACAUGGCUCUUGCAGUCUGCCUGCUGACUGGUUCAAGGGGGUGUGUUGAAAUGUGUGCGAUGAAGGCCUGCUCUUGAAACAAGCAUCUCUCAUUCCUUUUAUCUAAGAGGACUUGACUAUUCAAACAUAGCUGUAUCUUUAAGUUAUAAUGGCUCUGUAGAAAAUACAGAAUGAUUUUGAAGACUUUCCAGGCUUGCAGUACUUGGAAAUAAAAUUCUGUAUGUACUGAUCAUCUAAGUUGGAAUAUUUAUGGGGAGGUACGUAUCAUUUGUAAGUCUUGGCCAAAGUUUAAAGUAUGAUUUAUAUAUAUAUAUAUUUUAGGUUGCCUUGCACUCUUAUAUCAUUCUCCAAAAUAUUGCAUUUGGCAAUUUUUGCCUCUCAGCAAGAUGUCUGUAGGAUGGAAGCACUUAUCAUUGUGGGUGAAUUUGUGUUUUUCACGUGCAGCUUGAAAAAAAAUUCUAAUGCUGAAGGUUUGACAAACUGGGUGUUAUGCUGGUGAACUCGAGAAGCAUCGAGCUGUGUUCUGUGUAUACAAUAUUUUGAUUGUAUGACAAGAGAUGCUGUUUUCAAGCCUGGUCUCAGUGUUUGGCUUUACAAUCUUGUAAAAUAGAUCUGAACAUUUAGAUCUGCUUUUACUGUUAUAAAACUUUCUGUCAUCUGGGUGUUCAUAUUACAACAUGUUUUGCAUUGAAAAAAAAUACAUUGAUGUGCAAUGAAAAUACUCUGAGUCUUCAAAAAGAGCAAACCUCACAGCAAUUUGGAAAUUUGUAAUUUCUCUUAGCCGGUUUUAGCUGAACUAAAUCCUGAUUAAUCACGCAGUGCACAAUGUUCCCCUUGCUGAGCACAGGGGUUAAAUACAGUCACAUUCUCACACUGUGAA